AAGAAGAAGAAGAAGGAAAGACUGUAGUAGCACUAGCUGCGCAGGGAAACUGAAAUACAGGGACGUCUACAUUUAGGAUAGUCUCUGGCCGGAUUUCUCCAGCCCGCCCUCUCAGCCAGUCCGCCCACUUCUUCCACCUUGGGCUCGGUGGGAACUACAUUACCCGGCAGGCGCUGCGCCCCGCGCCGCCCGCGCCCGGCCAAUGAAAGUGGACUUUCCUCCGCGUGCGGAACGCGCUGGGCGGGACUUCUGGCGCGGCCCCAGGGGCGGGCGUUUUGGGGGCUCUGGCGCCGCUCUGUGUGAUCGGAGGUUUGGGAAGGCUCCUGUGGGGCCGGGGUGACGAGAGCAGGAAGCCGGGAGAGGAAGGGCGUCUGAGGUUCGGCAGCGGCGAGGGAUCGGGGUCGGGGGUGCGCGGGCUGGUUCCCCUCCCCGGGCGCCGCUCCGCCCCCGGAGUCCGAUGGCGGCGGCCGCGCGGAGGGACCUGGCUCAGGUUCCUAUUGCUGCAGAUUUGCUUCCAGACCAUGCAGAGGGCCAUGUGACCUUUGAGGACGUGGCUGUCUACUUCUCUUGGGAGGAGUGGGGGCUCCUUGAUGAAGCCCAGAGACUCCUGUACCGUGAUGUGAUGCUGGAGAACUUUUCACUGAUGGCCUCUCUGGGACUUGCAUCUUCCAGGACUCACGAAAUCACCCAGCUGGAGUGGUGGAGAGAACCCUUUUUGCCUCCCUGUGGAGUCAUGACUGCAGCCAUGCCAAGAGAAAUCAACCUGAAGACUGGCAGAACAAACUCCACAACUAAAGAUAGAGAAGACGGCCCAUUGAAGGCACAGACCCGCCACAGCCUCUGUGACAUCAUCAUAAGUCCCGCCACCACUCCUGCAGGGGAACACCUCACUCCCGGGUUGUCACUGGACGAGUGACUGCCGCCCAUGCACGAAGCACAGCCUGCCGGUCACAUUGAUGGAAUUAACAUGCAUAAUCUCAACGCAUAUACUGAGAUAGAGGAUACUAGUUAAACUUCUAAGUCCGUUAUUUUGCCUGGGAAGAAACAAAAGCAUUGGUAAGUCUGUGCUCUACUGUUUUUAAGUAAGUGUUUGUAAAUUUUAGCUUAAACAAUAACAAACAGAAUAAGUUUAAACUAGAAUUUUUUAAAAAUCUGGAUUGUAAGUAACAGUUAUUUUUUUUAAGGACCAGAAAAAGAACAAGUGAGGUAAAGAAAGCCACAAAAUAAGAGGAUGUAUUUAAACCCAAAUAUGUAAAAUACUACAUUAGGUAAGUAUGAAAUAAAUUAACAGUCAGUACUUUUUGAUGGUUAAAACCUCCCUUCACAAGAUACUUAAUCUUCAUCAAUAAAUUUCAAGGGCAGGUUUUGAAUUUCCAUUCAAAGAACAACUAACAUUCUCUGGCAUCCUCAGCCACCCCAUCUCCACCAGGAAAAGACACCAGGGGGCAAAGAACGUUCUGGUGUUGGUUGCUGGGGAACCAAGACCUUACGCUGAGGGUCACCAGAAUUUAUGAUCAAACAUCUUAAGGUCUAAAAUCAGCUGAGACGUCAUCAGGACCUGCAGUAUAUUUUUACAAACAAAUCCUAUCAGCACAUCUCCUGAUGAGAAAGGAAUAGGAUGGCAUGAAGGGGUAACAUUAGUGAAAAUAAUUUUAACAACAGCUAACAUUUAAGAAUAUCCACAAAGCUGACACCAGGUACUUUUCAACACUAUCCUUUAACCUGCAUAACCACUUGGUGAGGUGCAUCAGUCAACAGUCUUGUUUCGUAGAUAAUGAAGCUGAGACUCAAAGGAUAUUAACUCACCCAGCUUACAGAGGAAGAAACCAAGAACCCAAAAAGUCCCUGAGUUGUGCUGUCAUGGCCACUAGUAAGAAGCACAGCUGAGAAGGGUGCUCAUCAGCCCUGCAUGGCUUCCUGCCCAAAUUCAUCCAAUCUGGGCAGGGGCAGGGCCAGGGCCAGGGCCCCUCAGCAUCACAGAAAUAAAGUCAUGGCAAAUUCACUGCCCAUGUGACCAUCAAGGGGAGAAGGAGUUCUGCCUUUUUCUGUCCAAGAAAGGUAAUCUUCAGCUUCACUUGCUCACUCAACACACUAGGUGCUGACUGAAAACCUGGAACACAAGGACAGGCCAUGUCACAUUCCCAUGGAUGCAAAGGGCUCUCUCUUGAGGACUGAGGAGGGAAAGUCAUUCCCUGGGGCUCACCCAUCAUCCUAAUUAUGCACAUGUCCUGUUGGCUCUGCCUCCUAACAUGUCCCAAGUCAUCUUCUCCCAAACCAACUCCAAUGCCACCAUCAUGGGCCAGUCCAAUAACAAUGUACCCCUGGACCACCCAGUGGCCUCAUCUCUCUCCCAUAUCAAUUAUUCCCUCUUCAGUACACAUUCCACACAGCAGUCAAGGGCAGAUUUAGAGACAAGAUCAUGCCACUGCCCUGCUGAAUCCCUUCCUCAGCCUCCCAGAACAGUCAGAAUAAAACCCACAAAGCCCUGUGCAUCUGGCCCUGUUCUGUCCCAUCUCACUGCUCACCACUCAUGUCCUCCAGACACACUGUUUCCUCCAUAAGGCCAGUUCUUGCAUGCCUCAGGGUCUUAGUACAUGCUGUUCCCUUUGCCAAAAAUGUUCUUUCUCAUCUUCGAACAUAGCUGGGGCUCCUCCAUCCUUCAUGGGUCUGCAUGAUAUAACCCUUUGGUACUGUCUGCUCCCCUGCCCAUGCUUUACAGUUUAACGUUCAUCUUCCCACUUUUACAAGAGAGGCCUGUGGGGAAGUGACAUGACUGAGGUCACCCAGGUGGUGAUGGGCACAGCUUGGAAGUGCUCGAAUUCCAACUGUCCUGAGGGCCCAAGCCUUUAGUCACUGGACCACUCUUCCCAAAGGACAUCUGUCCUCCAUGCCUAAGUUUUGACCCUGAUUAGGCCACACAGGGACCAUAGGCACAGUAUUGUCUAGCAGCAGAAUUGCUAUACCACACGUCUGUAUUACCAUGUGUUUUUCCCUUCUAGACAGCAAGGCCCAAGUCUCAGUCACCCAUGUAUUUCCAUGACACGAGGCACAUGCGGGGUAAUGGGCACAAAGGAUGGGUUUCUCGUGACUCCUGCCCAUCAUACCAGCAAGAGCACAGCAGGGCCCUGUAAAUACAGAAAGCUGGAUGGGGAGACAUGGACCAUGAGGGAAGGUGGCCCUUCAACGACUGCAAAGCACAUCACUUCUGCUUUGGGACAAACUGAGGCCCAGGUCUCUGUGCAGGCCACAUGACAGCAAAGCACUCUCAGGCAUGGAAAGAAGGUCCCUCCGCUGAGAACCAUGCUGUGUUUUGGGAGAGUGGCCUCUAGUCUCUGUGGUGUCAGCACUCAGCCGCAGGUGAAGGUAAUGCUACAGCCAUAGCACAGAACUGUGCACAUGAAGGAGGACACGGUAUGCAGGGGAGCCUUGGAUGUGAACUCUCAGAUGCCAAGUUACAUCUUCCCUCUGGUCAAACAGUUUGCCACUGUAGUUACUUUAAGAAGGUCUCUUUAAGAAGAGCUCAGUAUGAGUUCUCUGAUGCUGACUGAGGCCUGCCUUCUGGUCAAAGACCUUCCCACAUCUCUUACACUUGUAGGAUUUUACUCCACUAUGAAUCUUCUGAUGAGUGGUGAGGGUUGAGCUGUAGCUGUAGGUCUUUCCACACUCAUUGCACUCAUAGAGCUUCUCCCCAGAAUGACACCUCAUGUGUCGAGUUACAGAAAAGCUGUUACAAAAGGCUUUCCCACAUUCUUUGCACUCAAAGGGUUUUUCUCCAGUGUGGGUUCUAUUAUGCCGAAUAAAAUCAGAGUGGCGGGCGAAGGCCUUUCCACAUUCACUGCACACAUAAGGCUUCUCUCCACUGUGAAUCCGCUGGUGCUCCGUGAGGUGUGACCUGCGGCUGAAGGACUUCCUGCAUUCGAUGCACUCAUAGGGCUUCUCCCCAGUAUGAAUCCGCUGGUGUUCUGUGAGGUGUGACCUGCGGCUGAAGGCCUUCUCACACUCAAUGCACUCAUAGAGCUUCUUCUUAAUGUGAAUGCUGUAAUGUCCAGUGAGAUCUGCCUUCCUGAGAAAGGCCUUCCCACACUUUUUGCAUUUAUAGGAUUUUACUCUAGUGUGAAUCCACUGAUGUUGAAGAAGGAAGUGAUUCUUGAUAAACUCUUUCCCACAUUCCUUGCAUUUGUAGGAUUUCUUCCCUCCAUGAAUCAAGGGGUCUCUCCUUGAUCUAUGUGAUUCACACUCAAGGAGAGCAUCUCCUGGAGAGACUUGCUCCUGUAAAUCUUUUGGGCACAGAUUUUUACCUGUUCCCAAAUCAUCACAUUCAGGGUUCACCUUUCCAGGGAGGGUUUCCUUGUAGGGGACUGUCCCUGCCCUUAGGUGCCCUCCCUGUUUUUCUGAUGGUCUUUCUUGUUCCCCGGCUUCUCCCAAUGUGGAAACACUGGAGUCGUCCUCAGUCAGUAACCUGUGGGGUGAGCAUCCCUCAAACAAGGCUGGCUGAGAAGCAGAAAGCUCUGUGGUACUGGUUUUUGCCUUGUCAUCUGAAGGGAAUCCAAUACACAAGAGUCCCAUUAACAAUGCCAACACAGAAGGAACAAAAUCACCAAGCCAGUGGGAAAAGGAAGAUGGAAACAGGGCCACUGACAGCUGCUGGAUUUUCACAUCUCUAAAACUCAGGUUUGGUUGUUUUUGUUUUUGUUUUUGCUGGUCCUUGGAUUUUUGACAUCUUUAAAGGGACAACCUUGGGGAGAAUUUCAGGUAGGGGCCAGAGAAGAAUCCCUUCCUUACUAUCCAGAGGGGAGAGGAAUGAUGAUACCAUGUGCUGUGUUUGUUCUAAGAAAGGACGUCACAGGGAACACAGGGAAGGGGGCAUCUAACCCAGCCCCAAUGAGAGAGAAAGACAACUGGGAGGGGUCUUGAGAUCGGAGUCCUAACGAAGCAAGAGUUACCACACAGAGAAAGUGAGAGGGUCCUGCAGCCAAAGGAGGCAGAGUAUACAAAGGUGCAGAGUCUAGAGAGAAUCUUGGAUGCUGAGGGAACUUCAGAGCAUGAGAGGAUGGCGGAGAUGUGGCUGGAGAUGCAGACAGGGUGCAGACUCCAGAGUUGGGAAGGGUGAGAGUAAGCACAGCCAUUGCCACUCCCAGGACAGUGUCUACAAGGCUGAGGGUGAGCAGGACUUGUCAGGGGGACAUAUUAAAUCUACUGUGUGUCAGAAACAGCUAGGUGACUAAAACACAGACAAAAGCUAGUAGAGAAAUUUGAAUUAUUUACUUCAAGUAUUAAAAAGAAGCUGUACAAAUGGAGAAGUUAAUAACAAGGUUGUCAACUCUCCUCAAAUCUAUCUGUAAGUUCAUCACCAGUCCAGAUAACAUGAUUUUCCAUGAAACUCAACAAGCUGAUUCUAGAAUUUAUAUGCAAGAGUUAAGGGCUAAGAAUAUCACUGAAAAAAGAAUAAUAAGAGAUGGGGCUUGCCCUCCCAGUAUUAGGGUUAUGAUGAAAGUAGAGACAUCAAGACAGCAUGGUGUUGGCACAGACAUAAGGAAAACUGGCAACAGGACACAACAGUGCUCAGAAACAGACUCAUGAAUACAUACAGCUUUCACAGACUGCAGAGGUGGCACAGCAGAUCAGUGGGAAAAGAAGGGACUAAAUAACCAACGGAGCUGAAAAACUGGUAACCCACAUGCAGGAAAAAGUUCUUGCAUUUCUACCGCAUGUCAUACACAAAGCUAAUUCCAGAUUAGUAAGCAACAGAAAAAGAAUGUAAUUUGACCUUGGUGUGAGGAAGAUUUCCUAGCAAGACAUGAAAAGCAGUAGUCAUAAAACAAAAGAUAAAUUGAUCUGACUAAAUAAAAUAUGCAUUUCUUUUAAUCAAAAGAUGCUUUAAAGAAAAUUUCUAAAAAGCUAAGUUCCAAUAGAAUACAACCGCAGCUCACAUAAUGGGUAAAAGAUUAGUAUCAGGAAUAUACAAAAAAAAAUCUGACAAAUCAAAAAGGGAAGAGCAACCAUCUUGGUGACUCCUGAUGGAGACAAAGGGAGAGCAGGCAGGAGGAAGUGAGCCCAGAACAUGGCAGGGACCAUGGAGAGGACGGCACUCUGCUCCAGAGGCCUUUUCCACCAGCCAGGCCUCAAAAGACAGGAAGAAACCAAGAAGGAGGCUGCAUGUCCCUGCAUGGAGGGGAGGAGAAGACUUACCCAGUGAGACCAGAAGCCUGAAGGUCUCCCUCAUCACCUUCCAGUACAGUGUCCUCUGGGGCAGGUCCAGUAAUUCCCACUCCUCCCGAGUGAAGGUGACAACCACAUCUUUGAAGGUCACCGGUGCCUGGAAAGGCAAACACAGUAGCAUUAUGUGCUCUACGGCUGUUGGGUGGGAUCAGAGCCUGUAACUUAGUCUCUGGUGAAGGUGCACAGAGGUCCAGCCAUGAAUCACUAAGGCUUCUUGAGGGCCAAGCUCUGAGCUGGACUUAAGGGGGAGGCAGCUAUGGCUGACAGAGAUGCCCUCCUUGGUGGAAACAAUGGAGAAUGACACGGACAUGGGAGCAGAUGGUAAGUGAUCUGGGACAUAAGAGGAACAGGGAAAUAAUCAUGAUGAUAAUUCCAACAAUAAGAACAGCAGCAGCAAAGCUGAGCCUCCCUGGUCCUUCCCAUGUGCCUGCCCUGGACAGUGGGCUUCACGUGCUGUGGGAAAGGGAUUAAAUGUCCACAGCUCUGGAGCAGACUCCCAAGUUUGGAUUCAACCCCUUGAAUCAACACUUGGCCUGCUGUGUACCUUGGGGAAGCCAUUUAAUUUCUCUGAGCCUCAAUCUCCCCUGUCAGUAUAAUAAUUCUCUCACUUUAUCAGGUUAUUUGAGAAUCCAAGGGAAAACAUUCAUAAAGCCAACACUAGAGUCUCUGGCUCAUGACAGUGCUCUGUACAUUUAUUCAUCCUUCCAUCACCAUGAAGAUAAAUGCCAUCAUCAGCUCCACAUCACGUCUGAGUUGAGGCUCAGGGAGCUAUAGUGAGUCACCUGAGAGUUCCCAGCCUACACAGCAGAAGUAGGAUGUGAACCUACAUCCUUCCGGCCCAGGUCUGUAGUAACCCUCACACUCUUCCAUUACUGCAGGUGAAGCCCUUCUUCUUUUUUUUUUUUUUAAUAAAGAUUACUUAUUUGAAAGAAAGAGAGAUAGUGGGAGAGCAUGAGCAGGUAGUGGAGGGAGUGGAAGAGGGAGAAGCAGAAGCAGACUCCCCACCAAGCAGGGAGCCCAAUGCGGGGCUCGAUCCCAGGACCCUGGGAUCAUGACCUGAGCCGAAGGCAGACGCUUAAUGACUGAGCCACCCAGGCGCCCCAGGUGAAGCACUUCUAAUGACUGUUGCUGUUAAUCUACUUUUAGAUCCCUGACCACACUUCCAUGGACAUGGACAGAGGAUGGGAGCCAUCCUCACCCUCCUCAUGGGAGAGGCACUGAAGGGGGCGCCACUCAUUCUGAGAGUGCCAGGGCCUGGGCCAGCUCCCCACACCCACUUGGGUCCCCCAGCCUCCUCAGACUCCCCAGGAGAUUCCACAGUGAGCUAUCAGUCAGUUUUCCCUUCCUGAGUCCUGACAGCAUGUGUCCCUGAGUCACGAAUACCAUAAGGAUCAGGGAACCCACGUGGGUGAGAACAAUGCCACUGAGGCCAGAAGAACUGGCAGCCUCCGACUGGCUGUGAUGUGUGUCCUGGGUGAGGGCGAGGUGAACAUCCAGCAAAUGACCACACAUGCUCCCCUUCCCAAGACACAUCUCAGCGGGGGGGGGGGGGGGGGGGCAUGGCAAUCACAAGGUCCUCUCGUGCCUCCUUAAACUCUGCCCUCACUGCCUCUGUCCACGAGGGCACCCAUCUGGGAUGGCUCCUCCUGCCGUCCUGUUCCCAAGCUCACCUGCAAGAGAAAGCCCUGCCCACCUUACAAAGUUUAAUAUAGGUGUCAUCCUCAGGCCUCCCCAGCCCACUGUGGUUGGGAACAAAGGCUCUGGUAGCUAAUGGACAGUAUGUGAGUUUCAACUACUUAAGAGCUGUGUGACUUUGGGUAGGUAACUUAACGUCUCUGACCCCUAGUUCCUCUUCUGUAAAGCAGGGAUGAUAACAGAACCUAACUCUGAGGAGACGGGAACUGAAUGAGAUGAAACAUAAUAACUGUCCCUCAAAGCACAUCAAGGGCUCAGUGAAAUCCAGCUAUUAACCAUUGUUUGGUUAUGAUUAUUUUUCCUCCUCGCUCCUCAAGCACCCUGGAAAAUCUCAACCUGGCACUCAACUCUGCACAAAAAUGCUAGCUCCCAAGCACGCAUGUACUGGGGUACUUUAGCUAGAACUAGAAAGAUGAAGAAGUGGCAUUUGAGCAGAGGCCUGAGGAAUGCACAGGGAUGCCCUGCAGAGUUCCAGAGACACUGUCCUGGGCAGAGGGAACUGGCAAGUGAGCAAGAGCUUGGCAAGUGGAGGAUGGCAUAGCUGCAGAGCCGGGAGAUGGGGAAGAAAGGAAAGGAAGACACGUGGGUGGACACAGAGCAGUUGCAGGGACAGGUGCAGCAGGCCAUGGGGGGAGGGGUUUGAACGUAGAUUCUAAGUGUGAUGAGAACCCACUGAGGGGAGUCUCAUUCCCCAACUAGCUAAUGAGGUCCUGUCACAGCUCUGGUGCUGUUAUAGGCCUGGCGACAGAGCUUCAAAGAGGAAUCACAGCCCCCGUUGGAGAAAGAUCCCCAACAAGGACUAAAUAACUGAACAAGAUGAUGCAGAUGGCCUUAAGAGUUCUGAGGCCAAGAAAAAAAGGGACAAGAUUAGAGAGAUGGGGUCAUUUCAGAAGGAAAGCUGGGGACGACCUUGCUGAAGACAGGCACUGGCACGGCUGGAAUGAAGGGAGGGGGACACGUACUGGAGAGAAACCCGGGGUCUGUUGUGUGUUUACAUCCAAAUGCACACUGCCACCACUGAAUCUUUAAUACAUCUACUUUUCACAUAAAAGUAAAUGUCUUAUAAGUGGCAAGCCAGCUUUACUUGCAAUAAACAGAUGGCAAAUACAAAGAUGAAUCCAGUAACCUUCUUGGCUCCCAGUGCCCAAGGGCCCUUUCCUUUUCUUUCUUUAUAAAGAUUUUAUUUAUUUGUAUGACACAGAGAGAGAGCACAAGCACGGGAAGCAGCAGGCAGAGGGAGAGGGAGAAGCAGGUUCCCCCCUGAGCAGGGGGCCUGACACGGGGUUCGAUCCCAGGACCCCGGGAUCAUGACCUGAGCCGAAGGCAGACGCUUAACCGACUGAGCCACCCAGGCGCCCCUCGAGGGCCCUUUUCAUCCUAGCAGAGAAGCAGUGAUUCCAAAAAUAUUGCUCCCACUGUGAGUCUGCCCCUAGGCGCUCUCUUCCCCUAGUCCUCGGCUGGAUACAAGCCUGAGACAGGGGAAACCCCAGGGCAGGAUUCCCCUGGGGUAAGUCCCUAAGAUCGUCACAGGACAAGGGGCUCUGCUCCCUUAGAACAGUGUCCAGAGUGAUGCUACCUGGGCGGUGUUGGACAUUGGAGGACAUACAUCACACACACGCCUUCUCUGACCCCCUCGAGCCAAGGGGAGGAGAUGUCAAUAUGCCCAUGGAACCCAAGAGAUGGAAGACAAAGGCACUGAUCAGACUUCCUCAAGGUCACAGCCCUGGGAAGGGCGUAGCCAGCAUGGCCCCUGAAGUCUCUACAUUGUUAAAUGAGCUUUCCUGAAGCUCAGUUCAUUCAGACGGUGCAGGGACGGGAGGAUUCCGAGAAACCCCGUUUCUCUGUCGCCCACACUGCCAUAAGGAGAAGACCAGGGCAAAGGCCACCUUGGACCCCGGGGAUCACAGAAAUGAGCGGCCACGACCAGCAUUUACUGGGCAUUCCCUGCAUGCGCUGUGCUGUUUUUCACACUCUGCCUCCCACGUGGGCCACCAGGACCCAGAGGGAAGACACUGCGAUGAGCCCAUGUCCCAGCCAAGGAAGCGGACUAUCCCACUGCGGUGCAGGGGCAGAGCCUGGAGCUGAACCCAGGCGGUAGGCUUUGUAACUCGUUCUGCACACCUUUGGCACAGGCCUCGGCUGCGAGGGGGGCUGCGGGUGACACGGGAGCAGAGAAUUCCAGGUACGAUGCGGGGUUGCAGGGAGCCUCCUCCCCGCUGUCCCUGCCUCCUCUUACCCCCGCCUACCCUCCACUCCUCAGCUAGAGGAAGCCUAUUAACUCGACACAAAUCACGUUCCUCCUCGCCUCCAAAUCCUCCAUGGCUCCCGCCAACUCCAAGAGGCCCGGUUCCUCAGCCUGUCAGUCCGGACCUGACUCUUCCCAGCAGGCGAAACGGAGAGCUGCGGGUCUGUCCGGCUCAGCCUCACCUCCUGGCGCUUGCACCUCUCGGCGCAUGUGCCUGGGACUCCCUCCGCCUCACUGGCUGACAGAGCGGGGGGCCCUCCCGUACCAAGGCGGGCCCCGGACACACGGCACCGUUAGCGGAAGCGACGAGACCCUCGAUACGGAGGUGCUGGGACUGCGUGGUUGGGGUCCACAGGGCCUGAGGGGCCAUGCACUCACCCGUGCCGGGUCCAUCGGCUCCUCUGCUGCCCCCGUGGCACGCGGCGCGCGGACCGAGGGCCGCGAAGAGUGGGAGGCAGGGAGGGUCCCUAGGGCUCUGCUGACCCGCCCCACACACCCUCAGCCUGCCUCGGUGCAGAGCGGACACGACGCCUCUCCUCGAGCCUCCCUGGCCCGCGGCCUCACGCCCACCGAGGCUCCCGCAGCCGCGACCUCGCGAGCAGGCCCGGAAGCACGCAGUACAAGCCCCACGAGCACGGCGCCGUAGGUCUCGCGGGACGCGGGAUCCCAGCCCCGUGCCGUGAUUGGCCCAGCUCUACCGCCUCUUGCCGCUGAGCCUGCUGGGUAAUAUGGCUCCUGCCGCUCCGCCCGCAGUCGCAAAGAGCGUCCUUCCAGAAACCGCCGCAAAGGACCAGCGGCGCCGCCUGAGGGCCUCUGGGAGUGACGUCAUCACGCCCUGGGGGUGGGGCGAGGCCCCUUCCCUUCCUAACCGGCGCCACCCCGUGUCUGGGGCACGGCUUCUCCGGCUGCAAGUGCUUCGGGGUGUCGUUUCCUGUGUGGCCCACGUUAGGCUCCCCGCGGGACACGGCGGUGACACGCAGAGAGUCCGCCCGCCCAAGAUUAGACCUGAUAAGCGCUGUCUUUGCUACUCCUCGGUUCCAGGGAGACUGAAGUUCUGGGAGUCAGUUCUGUGGAAUUCGAUAAUGGUCAGAGAUGACGGAGAAACUCCGUCCGGGGCGCAGGUGGAGGGGGGGGGCAGAGCUGUCAGACAGCCCUCAAUCACGUGGCUCCUUUUCCCUCGGAAAACACGUUUUUCCCUGUGUGCUCACGGAUUGUGUCCCUGUCCAACCCAGCGAGCAGCUCCGUCUCGUCAACGGAGUCUUUCUUACUCCACCUUCCAAGGUAUAUCCUAUUUCUUCCAGUAGCGUGAAGCCGGAGAUCUACUCGAAAGGGAGAGGUGUUUGUCAAACUUCAUUUUCUGUUGGGAUGCUGACGUAAUGGUCACGGUCAGAGAUGUGUAGAGACUGACCAUCUGAACUCUGAGAUAAAUGGGUUUUCUUUUUUUUUUUUUUUAAUAUUUUAUUUAUUUGACAAAGAGAGACACAGCGAGAGAGGGAACACAAGCAGGGGGAGUGGGAGAGGGAGAAGCAGGCUUCCCGCUGAGCAGGGAGCCCGAUGCGGGGCUCGAUCCAGGGACUCCAGGAUCAUGACCUGAGCCGAAGGCAGUCGCUUAACCGACUGAGCCACCCAGGUGCCCCAAGAUUUUAUUUAUUUAUUUGACAGAGACACAGCGAGAGAGGGAACACAAGCAGGGGGAGUGGGAGAGGGAGAAGCAGGCCUCCCGCCGAGCAGGGAGCCCGAUGCGGGACUCGAUCCAGGGACUCCAGGAUCAUGACCUGAGCCGAAGGCAGUCGCUUAACCGACUGAGCCACCCAGGUGCCCCAAGAUUUUAUUUAUUUAUUUGACAGAGACACAGCGAGAGAGGGAACACAAGCAGGGGGAGUGGGAGAGGGAGAAGCAGGCUUCCCGCUGAGCAGGGAGCCCGAUGCGGGGCUCGAUCCAGGGACUCCAGGAUCAUGACCUGAGCCGAAGGCAGUCGCUUAACCGACUGAGCCACCCAGGUGCCCCAAGAUUUUAUUUAUUUAUUUGACAGAGACACAGCGAGAGAGGGAACACAAGCAGGGGGAGUGGGAGAGGGAGAAGCAGGCCUCCCGCCGAGCAGGGAGCCCGAUGCGGGACUCGAUCCAGGGACUCCAGGAUCAUGACCUGAGCCGAAGGCAGUCGCUUAACCGACUGAGCCACCCAGGUGCCCCAAGAUUUUAUUUAUUUAUUUGACAGAGACACAGCGAGAGAGGGAACACAAGCAGGGGGAGUGGGAGAGGGAGAAGCAGGCUCCCCACUGAGCAGGGAGCCCGAUGUGGGGCUCGAUCCAGGGACUCCAGGAUCAUGACCUGAGCCGAAGGCAGAUGGUUAACCGACUGAGCCACCCAGGCGCCCCAAGUCCAAUGUUUUAGAAAAGUAAAUAUAGAAGCAGUUUAGCUAGGAAGUAUUUAAACACUGCUUGACCUGGAGUAACAAAAGGAGUGUUCCUAUGUCUCAAACUAGGACCACCUGUAGUACCAUUUACACUCUAGAGCUGUGUGUGAGAUCAGACUGGUGUUGAUUCCAGAUGAGGCCACACCCUUGUGUGACUCCUUUCCUUGCCUCAUUCUCAUUCCUUGACCUUUAAUUUUUCCUGAUAAUUUCUCCUCAGUAAAUCAUGUCGUUGAACCUUGUGCCAGCUUCUGCUUCUACAAAACCCAACCUCAGACAGGACACAUCUGGUGAAAACCUAAAAUAUAAAUCAUGUGAAGUAUAUCCAGGAUAUUAAGGUUUCUUUUCCAUAAUAAGAUGAGCAAGGAAGAUCAAGAAAACUUGCUUAAAUGUGUCCUGAUAUGAACAAAGCUCUGCAAUUUUAGAGGAGAGUUAGAAUGUGAUGGUGAGGGGCGCCUGGGUGGCUCAGUUGGUUAAGCGACUGCCUUCGGCUCAGGUCAUGAUCCUGGAGUCCCGGGAUCGAGUCCCGCAUCGGGCUCCCUGCUCGGCGGGGAGUCUGCUUUGCCCUCUGACCCUAUCCCCUCUCAUGUG